AUGUCGAAUAGCGACCAUGGUGGCAAACAGCGGAUCCUUGCACCAGCGGUCCAAGCGCAUUCCUUAUCAAGGCCAGCUGUCGUUCUCUUUGGAACUCAUGACAUCCGAAUUCACGAUAACGAGGCCUUGCUGUUGGCCUGCCAUCACAACCACGUAUUGCCGGUUUUUCUAUGGCAAGUACCGGUCCACCAUUGGGGAGCUCGUGGCGCCCUGCAAGUCGUGUUGAAAGAAGCAUUGCACCAGCUUUCACUACAGCUUUCACAAGAAAGUAUCAAUCUACCUCUGGUGUGCGGCAAUACGGCGGACAGUGUUUCGGAGCUCUGUAAAAUUGCUUCUGAGAUUGGCGCGAGUGCAGUCUAUUGGAAUCGCGAGAUGACACCUGAAAGCAGGGAAAUGGAGAGGCACAGAGCCACAAGUUUGAAGCAACUCGAUAUCGCAGCUGUAGCAUGUCAAUCGGCCCUACUCUACGAUGUCGAGAAACUUGAACUUGACGAGGGGUUUCAUGGUGGUCACUGGGGCACGCUGAUGCCGUUUAAGAGGGCUUGCGAAAAGCAACUUGGAAAACCGGAUCGACCGAUUUUGAUGAAAGAGUCGCUGGCUUGCCUAUACUCCGUCGCUCCGCCUCCGCAAGACUGUAAAUCCGUACCCAUCGAGGAACUCGGCUUCGAGACCGUGCCGCCUUCCACAAAGUGGGAUGAGCCCAUUCGAGAGCGAUUCCCAAUGAUACAUUACUUGGCUCAGCGGAGACUGGACCACUUUCUUAUAAAAGGGCUACCUCUGUAUGAAAGUGACCGAAGUCGGGCAGACAUGGAAUACGCGACUUCGCAGCUUUCAGUGUACCUUCGUAUUGGUAUCAUAUCACCACGAGAGCUAUACUGGAGGAUUGAGGACAGCUCACUGAGCCCUGAGGCGAAGAAAACGUUUGCCCGUCGACUAAUCUGGCGUGAGCUGGCGUACUAUCAACUAUUCUGUUUUCCAAAGAUGAGGGACAGAUCGAUACGCAAGCACUAUGAAGCAUCGGAAUGGGUCACGGGUGACGAAGAGAAAGGCAGAUUCAAUGCAUGGAAGAGAGGGUUGACUGGCUAUCCGUUGGUGGAUGCUGGGAUGCGUGAACUCUAUACAACUGGUUACUUGACCCAAUCCGUGCGGAUGGUUGUCGCGUCAUUUCUUGUCGAGUAUCUUCGAGUCGACUGGACCAAAGGAGCAGAAUGGUUCCACUACACUUUGGCCGACGCCGAUAGCGCGAUCAAUUCGAUGAUGUGGCAGAACGCUGGGCGGAGCGGCAUCGACCAGUGGAAUUUUGUUUUGAGUCCUGAGAAUGCAUCCCAAGACCCAUACGGAGAAUAUACUCGCAAAUGGGUCCCCGAGCUUUCUCCGUUGCCAUUGCAAUACUUACAGCGACCUUGGCAGACGUUUGAAGGUGAUCUUCGUAUGGCCGGUAUCGUCCUUGGUGAAACAUACCCACAUAGAAUUGUUCAGGACCUCAAGGGUGAACGACAAAAAAGUGUCGAGAGCGUUCUUGCAAUGAGAAGGCGAUCGCAAGAAAAAAAUGAUGAAAAUGGAUACGACUUGAUCGACCUUCCUUCGGGCAUCGAAACGGUCGUUUUUACGAAGAAAGAGUACCGUAUUGAUCGGUUGGGCAAAGUGCUCCAGGGAAAACCAAAGACCGCUACUUCAACAGUCAAGCGCCGAAAAACAAAACGUACAACGAAAACAGAUGGGAGAAGAAAGAACCGGCUGCCAUCAAGUCUCGCAUAA